AUGGCACCAGUACGCAUUGCCGUGGAAGGCUGCGGCCAUGGCAGCCUCAACGACAUUUAUGAGACUGUGGAUCGCAAGGCCACUGAGAAAGGCUGGGAGUCUGUUGACCUGGUUAUCAUUGGCGGAGACUUUCAGGCCCUGCGUAAUGCCAAUGAUGCGACUUGUCUUUCGGUUCCCGACAAAUUCAAGCAAAUUGGUGACUUUCAUCAGUACUACAGCGGGGCUCGUGUUGCUCCCUAUCUAACACUGUUCAUCGGAGGUAAUCAUGAGGCGAGCAAUCAUCUGUCCGAGCUCUAUUACGGCGGUUGGGUGGCCCCCAACAUCUAUUUCAUGGGCGCCGCCAAUAUCAUCCGCUUUGGGCCUCUCCGAAUCUCUGGAAUGUCUGGCAUCUGGAAGGGCUACGACUACCGCAAGGCCCACUAUGAACGAUUGCCAUACAACAGGGACGAUGUUUCUUCCGUUUAUCAUAUCCGGGAGCUGGAUGUGCGCAAGCUGCUUCAAGUUCGCACCCAAAUUGACAUCGGUUUGUCUCACGAUUGGCCGAAGGGAGUCGAGAAACAUGGAGAUUACGCAACCUUAUUCCGCAAGAAGUCAGGCUUCAAAGCCGAUUCCGAUUCAGGAAAGCUCGGAAGUGUCGCUGCACGUGAAGCUCUAGAUCAUCUGCGGCCCGCCUAUUGGCUUUCAGCCCAUUUACAUGUUCGUUUCACUGCAAAGGUACCCCAUAGUCCACAUUGCGCAAAAUCCAACCCUUUGAGCCCCCGCGGUUCUCCCGUCAAUGCCACCAAUCCAAAUGAAGCUACUUCGAUUCCACGAAGCAACCUGAACACCAAUGCCCUUGCUGGUCACCAAUUGCUUGGUACUGCCACGGGAGAUGAACAAUCCCGCAUCAAGGCUUGGAAUGAAUUCGGAGAUAAAGCCCGACGGGCUGAGAAAGAGAAGCGUGACCACGACGACUUCAUGCGUCUGAUCAGGGAGCGACAGCCGAAAGUUCCUCGGAAUAUCACGUUUGAAGAAACAGUCAAAAUCGGGGGCGGGCCCAUUCAAAAGUUCACACGUGGUGCCGAUGGAGAAAAAGUGAAAUCCGCCCCAGCCGGCGGUGAAAACAUCGAAACCCCCGACAAAGCCAACCAGGAUAACAGUCAUAUGGAUAUCUCGUCUGAGGAAUUAGUUGCCCAGCACAAACCUUCACCGUUCUUUGACACAAGUGAAGAUUUCCAGAUCUCCAAGCAGAUCAAGGCGAGCAAGGAUGUCCAGGCGACCAACGAAGUCGCCGAUAAUAUUGACAGAAUUAGCAUUUCUUCGAGCUCAGGGAGCGACGCGAGUGCAAAGUCUCCUCCACCCGAGAAGGCUCUUCCAAAAGCCGAUCUCUCUCAGAAUUGGCAUGGUGAUCGCUCUCCAGAUCCCUGGUGGAGUGACGGUGUGGAUGAUCGUGUCCGCGGAACCGAAACCACUCUUCCACCCAGUCUAGAGCAGUCCUCUCUGUCCAAACAUGUCUCCAACCGCCCCAUCCAGAAUCUUCCAGCUCCCGAGAAUAUCAAAAACCUUGUGACACAAUUCCUAACCUUGGACAAGCCGCACAACCACGAUGAUUUUGUUGAGUUGCUUGAAAUCGAGCCAAUUUCGGAACAGGAUGAUGCUGCGGUGGAGUCUUCCCUGCGACUCCAGUACGACAAGGAGUGGCUGGCCAUUCUUCGUACCUUUGCUGAUGAGCUUGAGUUCGGUGGGCAGCCUAAUGGUCCCGUUCCUUUCCACAAAGGAUAUGAAGUCUACCAACAGCGUAUCGCCGAAGAAGAGGAAUGGGUCCAAGAGAACAUUGUCAAGGCGGGGCUCAUGAACGUCCCCACUGACUUUGUCGUGACUGCCCCAAUUUAUGACCCUCAUGUCUCGAUCGACACCCAUGAGCAGCCAAAGGAGUACACAAACCCGCAGACUGCUGCCUUCUGCAAGCUGAUUGGAAUUGAGAACAAGUUUGACAUGAGCAAUGAAGAACGCCAGGCUCGCAUGGAAGCAGGCCCUCGCCCCGAAGCCCCUCGUCAGCACUUCCAGGGCCACCGUGGUGGACGAGGCGGUCGUGGUGGACGUGGUCGCGGAGGUCGCGGCGGACGUGGCCCCGGGCGCGGUGGCUACAAUAAUCGUGGUGGACGUGGAAGCUCAGGCCCCGCAGCCCAGGGCCCCAAUGCCUGGUAA